AUGGCUUCGAAAAAACCAGACACUCAUUUACCAAGAAAUUCAGAUAUAUCUGCGGAAGCACCAACACGAAAUAUUGGAUCCAGCGACUCAUCAACAAACAAUGAUAUUGUCACACGUACACCAAAACUAUCAUUCAACAUGCCUGCAGACUCAUCAUCACAAAUGUGCUCAUAUCCCGUUAUGGCGUUUGGUCUUCAUCGUUCCAAGGAUCCGAAAAUACCACAGCUAUUCAAACAUCUAAUGUCUCUUCCUCCUAUGGAUAAAAAUGGAUCAAUGAGUGGUAAAUGUGAUUUUGAAACCACUCAAAUGGAAAAAUUUCUUUCACAAGCAUUCGGUUUUCAAAAUAUUCCUGGACAAUAUAUUGUUCAAGGUGUCAAAGCGUUUCAAUUAAACAGAUCGCUAUAUUCAAUGAAUCCGAGUAUUGUAAUUUAUUUUCCCAGCAAGACUGCUACUGAGUCAUUUGCGAUGAGUGUGCAAGAAAUUCUCGAUUGUCAACAAUCAUAUAAAGUUUAUGCUGACAAAACUAUUAAGGGUAUGAAUGAAGAAUUUCUUCAACGAGUACUACAAGGGCAGAGUAAAUAUGGAGAAGAAGCAUUUCUCAUGAAAUUUGUUGUUCGAAUUUCAAAAUGUCCUAUCUUGAUGGAAUUUGAUGCUCGCAUAAUACCUCGUGCACCACAAGAAGAAUGGUCACACCGAAUUAAAUUAGUUUCAGUAACUGGUGUUGAUUUUGCUGGGCGGAUACAUGAUGUAGAUGAUAUUCAUACCUAUGUAACGAAUUGGCAAGAUAUUUAUGAGAUCGAUCGAAAUUCGGGUUUACCACUAGUUUAUAAUAGAAGAGAUUUUCAUCGGAGAGCUAAUGGUCCACGAGGAAAACUAAACACAGAUCGUCUUCAAAAAGAUUUAAUGCGAAUGGCAAGACUUCGACUACGAGCAUGUGAUUAUGAAGAAGUACAAGUUGUAGUCGAAACAGGUAUUGGACUUGGUGUAUUUGCUGGUACAGCUAUUGGAAUCGAUGAAACAGUGCGAGCACUUUCUGCAUUUGCUAUUGGAAAAGUACUUGAAGAAGAUGGGCCAACUUAUCGAAACAUACAAGCCGUUGUAUUCGCUCUACCUAUUUUCGUUGGAAGCUAUCGAAAUGAUAAAAGACAAGAUACGUAUCAAGUCUUUGUCGAUGAAUUCAAUCGAAACAAUUACAACGGCCAUAUUCCUGUAUUAAUUGCUGAUCAAGAUAUGCAUCGAUUAACUGUCGCGAUUGCUCGUAUGGGCUUCAACGUUUCUGAGUUGAAUCCUGCUGAUUCACAUGGUGUAUUUGGUGAAUAUUGGCAAAAUCGAGGACCGGGCGUGGAAGAAAAAGUAGCUUUAACUACAAUGGGUCUACUUGUACAACAUCAUGUUAUUAAUCCAUGCGUGCUUGAUCAAAACCAUUACCAUCUUAUUUAA